AUGGGUCCUGCUCUCCUCCUGCUGCUUACCGCAGCUGGCGUCUGGCACGGCUUGGCAUCCCCAGUGAUCAGCCCUGACCUCCCUGCUCUGGUUGUCAACACGGGUGAUCCAGUCACCUUGCACUGCUCAGGAGAGUCUGAAGUUGAAUGGAAAAGCCAAAAGAACACAUUCAGCAACCACACCAGCAGCACACUUAGUAUUCCCAAGGCCACUUACAGGGAUACAGGCACCUAUAAGUGUGCUUAUGUCAACAGCAGCGACAAGGGCAUUGCAACCGUGCAUCUGUUUGUGCGAGAUCCCAAUAACGUGUGGUACAUCCCGACUUUCCGGAUCUUUGCGACCAAAGGUGGUAAUGCUGAGCUCCCCUGUCUCAUCACGGCCCCUGAGUAUGGAUCCAGCGUGACUCUGAUAAUGGAUGAUGCCUCCCAUCUCUCACCCGGGACCAACUAUUCUUUCAGUACUGAGAAAGGAAUAACACUAUAUAAUGUGCAAAGCAAGCAGAAAGGCUCUUACCGAUGCCAAGCAGUGAUAAAUGGAAAAAUAGAGAAGACACCAAGAAUAAGACUGAUUGUGGAAGAAGCACUGGAGAAGCCUGUGUCAGUAAUGAUGGACCCUAGAGACCACGUGCGAAUCGUGGGUGAACCUUUUGAAGUCACUUGCAGAGUAAUUGCUCCUUCCCACAAGUAUGACAUCAGAUGGGUGACUGCAGCAAAGACUGUCAGGAGAACUAAAAAGCCUAGCUUUGAAAAUGAGAACUACUUCAUCAGCGACACCCUGUUUGUUCCAGCAGUGACCAUGGAAGAGGAAUGCCUCGACAACGCUUCAGCUGGUUCCAGGUCUCUGGACAUGGCUGCUGAUGGUCAUGCUCUCCUCCAUCCUGCAGAGAAAGGUUAUGUGCUCCUGACCCCAGUGCAAGCCACCAGCCAGGAGGUUGCUUUGGGAGAGAGUCUGAAGCUGCAGGUCCACAUUGAGGCUUACCCAAAACUUCUCCACUGGGCCUGGGAGCACACGAACCCCUUGAAGAACUCUGGGAUUACCACAUUCAAGGACACAAUGACCUCUGAAAACAACUGGUAUAACAACGCGCUCUUCCUGACCCGCCUGCAGGAAGGAGAGGGAGGUCUCUAUACAUUUCAUGCCCUCAACAAUGAGACCAAUGCAUCAGUUACCUUCAGUAUCUCUGUGAAAUCUCUUCCAAGGGUCUUCAAAAUCAAGGUGCCAGACAAUGACUCCAGCAUCCUUCAAUGCACGGCCAUCGGCUACCCUGCCCCACGCAUUGAGUGGUACCAGUGCCCCAUUUACUCCGACAGAUACAACGAGGACUAUAGGCUGCUACUGAAUGACUCCAGUCCCCAGGUGAUGAAUAUGUUGCCCUUCCAAGAGGUGGAGGUGGAGAGCGUUGUCCCGUUCCAGGAGCUGGGUGCCAAUUUCACCUUCUGCUGUGUGGCCAUUAACAGAGAGGGGAAUGCUUCAGACAUGUUUCACUCACUCACCAUCACCAGAAAUGUCAUGGCCCCCCCAAACAAGCUCUUCAGCCCUGUUCUCUCCACCUGCUUGGGCACAUCGGUCCUGCUGCUCCUCCUACUCCUCUUCCUCCUCUACAAGUACAACCAGAAACCCAAGUACCAGGUGCGGUGGAAGAUCAUUGAGGCCUGCGAAGGGAAUAACUACAUCUUUAUCGAUCCCACUCAACUGCCAUACAAUGAAAAAUGGGAGUUUCCCAGGAAUAACCUCCAGUUUGGAAAAACUCUUGGAGCAGGAGCCUUUGGAAAAGUGGUAGAAGCCACCGCUUUUGGGUUGGGCAAAGAAGAUUCGGUCCUCAAAGUGGCUGUGAAGAUGCUAAAGUCAUCGGCAGACACAGAUGAGCAGGAGGCUCUCAUGUCCGAGCUGAAGAUCAUGAGCCACUUGGGACACCACGAGAACAUUGUUAACCUGCUGGGAGCCUGUACCUAUGGAGGCCCAAUCCUCGUCAUUACCGAGUACUGCCGCUACGGAGAUCUGCUGAAUUUCCUGAGGAAGAAGGCUGAAUCCAUAAUUAUCCAGGAUUCUGCUCUGGACACAUCUUUGGACAGCACUGCUGAUUACAAAAACAUUGACCUAGAGAAGAAAUACAUCCGCAGUGACAGUGGCUUUUCGAGCCAGGGUUUGGAAACAUAUGUUGAAAUGAGGCCUGUGUCAUCAUCAUCAUCAUCUUCAGCGUCAUCAGAUUCUCCGCAAGCCAGGGGGAAAAGCUCAGAGGAAGAUGAUGAAACCAGGGAGGACCUCCGUCCCCUCAACCUCUCUGACCUGCUACAGUUCUCCAGCCAGGUGGCCCAGGGCAUGGCAUUCCUCGCAUCAAAGAACUGCAUCCACCGUGACUUAGCAGCCAGGAAUGUGCUCGUAUCAGAUGGACGGGUAGCCAAGAUUUGUGACUUCGGCCUAGCCCGUGAUAUCAUGAAUGAUUCCAACUAUGUUGUAAAAGGCAAUGCCCGACUGCCCGUGAAAUGGAUGGCCCCAGAGAGCAUCUUUGACUGCAUUUACACAGUGCAGAGCGAUGUGUGGUCUUACGGCAUCCUUCUCUGGGAGAUCUUCUCCCUUGGUAAAAGUCCGUAUCCCGGCAUGGUGGUGAACAGCAAGUUCUACAGCAUGGUGAAGCAGGGGUACCAGAUGGCCAGGCCCGACUUCGCUCCCUUGAAAAUGUACAGCGUCAUGCAGCAAUGCUGGAGGCUGGAGCCCACGGAGAGACCUACCUUCGACCAGAUCGGCUGCUUCAUCCAGAAAGAACUGGAGGUGCAUAAGGAGCAGGACUACACCAACCUCCCCUCUACUGCUGAGGAAGACAGCGGCUGCGAUACCUCUGGCUGCUGUGAGGAGUCCUGUGAGCAAGAGGAGAGCGGUCAGCCCCUUCUCAAGAGCAACAACUAUCAGUUCUGUUAGCUGGUACCAUCGCCCCGGGGUAGAUCCCCGUCCUCCUGGCUCUGCAGAGCGCACGGUUCUGCUCUGCCCUAGGACGCAGACUCCUCCCGCUUUGGCUC